AUGGAUGCUGUGGAACUUACCAGAAAGUUGCAAGAGGAGGCCACCUGCUCCAUCUGCCUGGACUACUUCACAGAUCCAGUGAUGACUGCCUGUGGGCAUAAUUUCUGCCGAGAAUGCAUCCAAAUGAGCUGGGACAAAGGGAGAGGGAAAAAAGGGAGACGAAAGCGGAGAGGUUCCUUCCCCUGUCCAGAGUGCAGGGAGGUAUCCCCUCAGAGGAACCUCCGACCUAACCGCCUGUUGACCAAAGUGGCUGAGAUGGCUCGCCAGCAUCCCAGUCUCCAGGAGAAGGACCUAUGUAAGGUACAUCAAGAACUGCUAAAACUCUUCUGCCAGGAGGACCAGAGCCCUAUCUGUGUCGUCUGCAGAGAGUCCCGAGAACACCGGCUCCACACUGUGCUCCCCAUUGAUGAAGCUGUGCAGGAUUACAAGGUGAAACUGGAGGAAAACAUGGAAUAUCUGAGAGAGGAGAUGAUGAAGACUGCCGAGGUGCUGGCCAGAGACAACAGGACCUUGAAAGAAUGGCAGGAAAUCGUAAAGAAUCGGAGAGAUCGCAUUGAAAUGGAAUUUGAGAAGGUGUGUCUCUUCCUGGCUGAAGAGGAGCAUCGCCUUCUCCAGGCCCUGAAGAAGGAAGAGGAUGCGACGGUGAUGAAGUUGCGUGAGAACAAAGUCCUUCUGGACCAGCAGAACUGCUCCCUGGAGAUGCUGCUCCUGGAGCUGGAAGAAAAGAGGGAACACUCAGCGCUGCAGAUGCUGCAGGAUAUGAACCAUCCACUUGACAGGAUAAAGAACCUGAACAUACAGUACCCAGAGGCCAUCCCCACCAACCUGACAACAGUGUGCAGAGUUCCUGGGCAGAUAGAGGUACUCAAGUGUUUCCAAGUGGAUGUGGUACCUGACGCAGCCACAGCGUACCCCUAUCUCCUCCUGUACGAGAGCCAGGAGAGGCGCUACCUCAACUUCCCCGUGGACGGCACGAUCUGCAGCAAAGACAGGUUCCUCGCCUACCCCUGUGUGGUGGGCCAGACAACCUUCUCUGAGGGGAGACACUACUGGGAGGUGGGCAUGAACCUAACUGGGGAUGCACUAUGGGCUCUGGGCGUGUGUAGAGACAACAUCAGCCGAAAGGACCGGGUCCCCAAGUCCCCAGAGAACGGAUUCUGGGUUGUACAGCUGUCCAAGGGGGACAAAUACUUACCCAUGCUCUCAGCUGCCACCCCUUUCACCCUGAUGGAGCCCCCAAGCCACAUGGGGAUCUUCUUGGACUAUGAGGCUGGAGAUGUUUCCUUCUACAAUGUGAAUAAUGGAUCGCAUCUGCACACUUACUCCCAGGCCACCUUCUCUGGGCCCCUCCAGCCUUUCUUCUGCCUUGGGGCUCCUAAGUCAGGUCAGAUGGUGAUAUCCACAGUGACUGCAUGGGUUAAAGGGUAG